AUGGAUUGUUUCAAAGACAAGUUCGUUGAGGGCCAACUCCUUGAUAGGCGGUUCCGUACCGUCGCCCCAUUGAAUCAUGGAUCAUUUGGAAUGGUUUUCCUUGCUAAGGAUACCUGGACCGGACAGGAUGUUGCCAUCAAAUGCUUGACCAAGCCUACAUCGGCUGAUGCUUCUCCCUUGGCUAUCGACAUGUCUUCCGAGGAGCUUGAGUGCCACACGAAGAUGGGCCAUCACCCCAACAUCGUCAAUCUCAUUCACUCAUUCGAGACUAAUGUUCACACAUACUUGGUUUUAGAGUACUGCCCCAUGGGUGAUCUUUAUGAGGCCAUCUGUGUCAACCGGGGCCCUCUUGAGACCGAACAUGUUCGUGACUUUAUGUUCCAGCUAAUCGAUGCUGUCGAGUUUAUGCACUCCAAUGGCCUCUAUCACCGGGACAUCAAGCCGGAGAACAUCUUCCUGAACCAAGAUGGUUCCAUGAAGCUCGGCGACUUUGGUCUCGCUACUCGCAACAGUACCUGCCACGAAGCCUGCGUGGGUAGUGACCGCUACAUGGCACCGGAGCAGUAUGAGCCACCCCAAGCUGGCUACUCUCCCGCCAAAGCUGAUAUCUGGUCUAUUGGUAUCUGCCUGCUCAACAUUCUGUUCGCCCGCAACCCAUUCGUCACACCCACCGAGUCCGAUGUCUUAUUCGCGGAUUAUGUCCGGGAUCGUCAAUCUCUCUUCGACAUCUUCCCCAAUAUGUCACAGGAUACUUUUGAGAUCUUGCGGAAUGCGUUGUCUCUUGAUCCUGAGAAGCGUUCUCUGUCCGGGGUGCGCGACGCUAUCAUGCGCACGGUCAGCUUCACCACUGACGACGAGUCUUUGGAUGAAUUCUGUACAGAAGACCGUGAUGUUGUUGCAGCCAGUGCCAACCGUGAGCCACUACGCACUCCCUCGAUCCAGUCACCUCACAUCAGCGCCGGCGACAGUUUCCCUUGGGCAAAGGCUCUGCAAGCAAGUCCUCCACAGCCUAUUCGUCAGCUGUCAGCUAUUCCGGAUACCGAGUACUACUCGGAAGACCUGUUCCCUCCCUCGGAGACAGCGGGUACAUCCUGGUACUCAGUUCAUCCAGAAACGCCUUCCACCGCUUCCAUUCUGGAUUCCGCUAUGGGCGCUUCAUACAAUUCCUUUGCAGCUCGUAAAUUCGAUUCAAUCCAGUCUCUUCACUCUGCUCGCAUUCCAGUGAGUGGUUCUUUGCCCACUCAUGUUGCCAAGCCCUUGCCUGCCAUGUCUCUUGUCUUCGGCAAAGGCAAGCGUGACCAAAUUUCCAAGAGCUGGAGCGACCUUUGGGAUGAGGAGGAGGAAGAAUAG